CAUUGGCUUUCAGUCUACUUUUAAACUCAAGUGGAAUAUCUCAGAAAGUUUGUUGGGACAAAGGUAAAGUCUGUGAUGCCUGCGAUCUACUCUACCAACAUGCGUUCGAAGUUUCCUAUCCUGGCAAUAUCGCUGGAAGUUGUGAUCAUUAUUCUAUAUGCAGUUUUUGUUACAUAUGAUACUGGAGCUGAUUCUAAACGUCAUUCUAAUAACACUGACGCACUGGACGAAUUCCACAAUCUAUAUCCAAGUUUCCAAGAUGUGCACGUCAUGAUCUUUGUUGGAUUUGGCUUUCUUAUGACUUUUUUGAAGAGAUAUGGAUUCAGCAGUGUGGGGUUCAACCUGCUCAUUGCUGCCUUUGGUCUUCAGUGGGGCACACUGAUGCAAGGCUGGUUGCACAAUGGACAUCACGGAGAAAUCAAGAUCAACAUUCUCAGCAUAAUUAAUGCAGACUUCAGCACAGCAGUGGUCCUGAUUUCAUUUGGAGCAGUCCUGGGGAAGACAAGUCCAGUCCAGCUUCUGAUCAUGACUGUGUUGGAGAUAACAAUAUUUGCUGCCAAUGAGCACCUGGUUACUGGCAUCUUGAUGGUCAAAGAUGUUGGUGCGUCAAUGACGAUUCAUGCAUUUGGUGCAUACUUUGGCCUGAUGGUUUCUCGAGUUCUACACAGACCAGCUUUGCAAAAUACUCAAGAUAAGGAAGGAUCUGUAUAUCAUUCAGAUUUAUUUGCAAUGAUUGGUACGGUCUUCUUAUGGAUGUUUUGGCCAAGCUUUAACUCUGCCAUUGUAGAAUCUCCGGAUGGGCAGUACAGGGCUGUCAUCAACACCUACUACUCUCUGGCUGCCUGUGUGCUCACAGUCUAUGCUCUCUCCAUUUUGGUUGAUAAGAAUGGAAAGUUGGACAUGGUUCAUAUACAGAAUGCUACCCUGGCAGGAGGUGUAGCGGCUGGAACAUCUGCUGACAUGAUGAUCUUUCCUUAUGGAGGUCUGCUGAUUGGAUUUAUUGCUGGAAUAGUCUCGACUGCUGGAUUUAAAUUUCUAAUGCCGAUUUUAGCAUCUAAAUUAAAAAUACACGAUACCUGUGGUGUACAUAAUCUUCAUGGAUUACCCGGAAUAAUUGGAGGCUUGGCUGGUGUCGUCGGAGCAGCAAUGGCCAAUGAAGAGUUAUAUGGGAUUGGACUUACGGCAACCUUCCCUGAAUUUGGAAAAAGAACCGCCAUGCAACAGGCUGGAUACCAAGCUGCUGGGCUGGGCAUAUCUCUUGCUGUGGCCCUCUUUGGAGGACUAAUUACAGGUCUCAUUCUUCGCAUUUCAAUUUGGGGACAGCCACCAGAUCAAAAUUGUUUUGAGGAUCAACUCUAUUGGGAGGUGCCAGAAGGUGAAAAUGACCACAAUGAACUGCUUUCAUCAGAACGUGGAAAACAUAAAACUAAUGCAGAAGCAUGAUCAAACAUGAAUUUGCAGGAACAUUGUGAGCAAUGCUCAAUAUUGAAAUCAACAUAUCUAAUCUGAAUUUGUAGAUGAAUAACACAAAAUACAAAUUGCUUCAGAAUUUUAAAUUACAAUCUUUUCUGCAUUUAAAAAAUGUUUUUAUUAUUUUUAUUCAUCAGUUGGCAGCCUCUUAUAACUUUCUUUGGCCUCGUCUUUCUUAAACUGCUAGGGGAUCAUUUGUUUUGCUUAUACAUUCAGAAUUCUCCUUGCUGGGUUGGAGUUGCAAUGAUACAAGUCUGUAAUGAUUGCGGCUUCAAGCACCACGAUGUCUUAAGAAUAUAAUCGUGGACAAGAGUCAAAUACUAAGGGGGUAUUGAGUUGUUGUAGGCAUUGUCCAACUGUCAGGAGGAAAUAAAAAUCUCUAAAUUACAUUGUAAGGGAAUACUCCUAGUUUUGAGACCAAAUUUAUAUUGCAAUUGAUACCAUUAACAGAGAGCCAAUGGUUACUCACCUCAUGAAUGUUUGAGAAACUAGCUUAACAUAAAUUGACAGCCUUACACAAUAAAUAGUGAGCACAAAAUAUCAAUUGUAUCUCAAAUAUUUGAGAUGUUUGAGCAUAUGAAAGGCAGCAUAUGAAUUCCGAAUGUUCUCAUAUUACAUAUUUCACAUUAGAAAUACUAAAAUUAAUUAGUGAGGAGAUCAGAAACCUCAUGGGUUCUGAUUCCGGAUCAGUGUUCAAAGAUCAUUCUGUUAAGAUAGAAAUGGAUGUGCUUAUAUUUCCUUCACAGUAAACCUAUUUGCCUAAACUUACUCACUAGAUUCACAUAUAAAGAAUGACCUCUUUAACAUGUUUUUGAAGCUCUAAUGGUAUCUAAAAACUUCCCUUCAUGAAUCAGUAAUUUCAAAAUAAAGCUAUAUAUUAACAAUGUAUGUGCAAGGCAGGGAAUCUAAAAUACCUAUUUGGUGAGAAAAGUCAAAUCAAACAUUUUCCCCAUGAGGAUUAAGAUUCAAGCAUGCAUGUUGCAAGAAAAUUGUUCCUCUUGUGUUAAAUUCUUAUCUUCCAAUUUUCUUUACUUAGUUGUCAGCUGCCGGUUUUCUUUUGCUUGUGCUUUUCAUGUCUUUAGUGCAUUUGUAAUUCUCGCUAUUAGAGUGUUGAAGGCAAAUGUGCAGUUUCCUCAAGAAUGGUAAUAGCUGAAAGAGCAGGGAUGCAUAGGAUCAUCAAGAGGACAAGGAUUUUUAAGGUAGUGUAGACAGACAGACAUACUUUAUUGAUCCCGAGGGAAAUUGGGUUUUGUUACAGCUGCACCAAUGGCUGAAUGGCAGUAAUGACGCAUGAAUGCAAAGCGGGGAAGUGGAGGCAUUGCUAAAUUUUAACUACAUGGAGUAGCAAAGGUCAUUGUGUUAACAGAAACAUUUUUUACAAAGUUAAACUUAGAAGAGUAAAAUACAUUUAUAGCAUAUUCAACAUAGUAAAUUUUCCCUUGAUAGUUCAAAAGUGUGUAAGUACCAAAAAUUGAAACCUAGCCUGAAGGAAAUAUCAGAUGGUUAGAGGUAGACCUUUGUUAAAAAGCUAGAGGAGGUAGACUUUGAGAACUAUCUUCAAAAGGAGAAUAAAUGUAAAGAGAGAGUAGCUUGGGGAAGGCAUUCCAGAAUUUAGUACCCGGAUGUUCUUUAAACUAUCCAUCAAUAGGAAUGUGUUCUCUGAGGAUUUAAAGCCAGAAAUUUACAGAGAAAGGGUUGGGGCAAGAUUAUGAAGGGACAUGAAUGGAUGUAUGAUAAUUGUACAUUACAAGACUAUCACUGGACAUAAUCUUUUACUUUUUGCUAAAAAAGAUCUUUCUAUUGUAACUGUAUUUUGCACAUUAUGCAGUCUCAUUUCUUUCAUGUAAUACAAAACAUUGCAAAUCAACUUUUUUGUCAAUGUUCAGACAUGAAGACUUAGAAGCUACAAAAUAUUAUUCUUUAUAGUGGAACAUAUUGUAUGAUAUUAUCUUCAUGAUUAAUAACUAAAAUUCAGAUAUUAAUGCUACAAAUGGAGAUUUAAAUACAGAAAAUGAUUUUGUGUAAAGUUUUAUAAGACUUUUACACUAUGAAAUCUGUAUUUAAUAUUCUUUCCUAUUAAAAAUACAGAUUUUAACUGAUGCAGAAAUUAUAAAGAUCUUCACAUCAAAUUGUUAUAUAAACUUAUAAAUGUUUAACAUUGAGCCCAUGAUAACCAGUUUACAUUUUUAGAAAGAUGUACGCUGAAUGAAUUCCAUAACUUGAGAAAAUACUUUAAUAUAAUCUGUACUUACUGUAUGUUUAAUAAAAGUUUGCAAAA